AUGAUCAUGGAUCGACUGCCGGUAUCUCCUGCCCUUCUGGUGCUAGCGAUAUCUAUCCCAGCUCUUUGCUCCUGGUUUGUACGCACCUGGUUAACCAGUCAGCAUCGAAAGCGCCUUCCGCUGCCUCCUGGACCGAAACCGCUACCCAUCAUUGGCAAUCUGCAUCAAGUGCCUCGAGAAGUGCCAUGGAAAAUAUACAAACAAUGGGCAGAUACAUACGGUCCGAUCAUGACAAUUCACCUCGCAGGGACGACAACCGUGGUUUUCUCUUCGUGGGAUGUCAUCAAGACUCAUGUCGAGCGCAGGAACACCAUCUACAGCAGCCGACCCUCCGUACCAUUCUUCUUACGUGCCACUGGUGGUCUUAGUGCAUCAAUACUGCCUUAUGGGGCUGAAUGGAAGCUGCAGCGGAACAUUCGCAGCUCUGUCCUCAAGCCAUCGAUGACGAUAAAGUACCGAGAAGUCCAGGACCUAGAAACAACGCAACUUGUGCAUGAGCUGUUGUCAACAAACGACUUUUCCUUAUGUCUACGCCGGUGUAUUGCAAGUAUUUUUUUGACUGUGGCGUAUGGGGAGCGAUGCAAGGACAACGCAGGGCUGGACGCAAUAGAUCGGCUCGAGUAUCUCAACCGCGCCAUUGCCAUGCAUGCUGAGACUCUAUUUUCGGGAGCGUCUGCUCUUGUUAUGCAAUUACUUCCGUUCCAAGGAAUGCUGGAAAAGCUUCCAGCUCAAUGGAAAACUGACGCUGACGCAUUGCACGACAAGUUGACUGCGGACCUAGUGGAGCGUGCAAUGGCCGCGCUACACCGACCAGGGUGGAACUGGGUCAAAGAAUUCCAGACGAGAGGGGGGACAGGGAGUGAACAAGAGGAAGAUGGGAGCUUUGAGUUCAAGCGGCUCGCCUACAUGGUCGGGUCGCUGUACGAGGCAUCCAUGGCAGCGUCGCAGGCACUCCGGAUUAUCAUUUUAUCUGGUAUUCUAUACCCGGAAGCCGUGGAUCGAAUGAAAGAGGAGUUAGACUCUGUGGUCGGAAGGCAUCGCCUUCCCAAUUUUUCUGAUGCCCCCCAAUUGCCUUGGACGCAGGGAUUCAUCAAGGAGGCCAUGCGCUGGCGCUCACUAACUCCGAUGGGAUCACCACGCGCCACAGCUGAUGAAGACGAGUGCAGAGGCUACCGCAUUCCUAUGGGAGCCAAUAUAUUAGUGAACGUCUGGGCGAUGAACCACGAUGAGACGGUCUUUCCAGAUUCCUUUGCAUUUAAACCCGAGAGAUGGAUUGAAAACCCACAUUUACCACAAAUGUUGUACGGGAUUGGGCAACGAGCUUGUCCAGGGCGCCACAUGGGGCAGGAUUCCUUGUUUUUGGCCACAGCCCGUCUGUUCUGGGCUUUCGACAUGUCGCAGCCUCCUGAUGCUGCAAAGAUAGACCAGGAGCGUUUCCUUGAUAGUGGAACAACACUCGCGUCUUUUGUCCCUGACUUUGAGGUUCAGUUCACACCAAGAUCUAGAGAGCAUCAGCAGGUCGUUGAGGAAAAUUGGUCAUUGAUCUCGACAGAUAGCUUGAGCUUGUCUGACAAAAUAGUGCCAUCCGCAAUGCCAAACUAG